AUGGCCCCUCCACCAGAGAUCAAAAAAGACAAGCCCAGGCCCCAGCAUGCAGUGCAACCACCUGAAGGAUGGGAAGGACAUAUGUUUGGUCUCUGUGACAGGAGGAGAUCACUCAUGCCUAGUGUCUCUGUGUCCUCCCAAAAUUCUACUGCCCUGAUCUUGCAGGAAGACCAGGUUGAGGGCACUCUGAUGGACAAGGAUGCUGGUGAUGCUGAGGCUGAGGAGGUUGAGGUCAACAUUCUGGCUGACAAGGGCAGUCAAUGUCUUGAUGAUGGGGCUAGUCAACUUCCAGAUGAUAAAGAUGAUGACAGUUCUGAAUCUUCGCUUCCUCCAUCUUUUCCACCAGCUGAAGACUCCAGUUCUGAUGCCAAGGAUGAGUUUCCCCCACAUUGUCCUGGUCACCAUGUGGAACACAAACCUAAAAGCAAGGGCAAAAGUAGGACUAUGGAUGUUGACAACAGUGAUACAAAUGUGAGAUUCAAGAAGACUGGGAACUUGUCCCAUGCCACUCUUGAUGGGAUACAUGACUUCACAACUGAAGUCAAGGCAAAAGCAGAAGAACUUGGAUGUCAACAUGGCAAGUCUCCUUGUGACAUCCUUGUCACUGCUGGGAUCAGUGUCAAACCAUCUCACAUGAAGCUCAAUGAGGCCAAUCUCUUCUGCUUGUGGUAUUGGGCCACCCAACUGAAACCUGAUGGCACCAACCAAAACACAGUCAACAAUAUCAUUAUGGUGGAGUACAACCAACUCAUGAAAGAUAUCCCCAAAGUUGACACCACAGCAAGAAAGGAGAAGUUGAAGGCCAUUUAUGAGUGGAGUGAGAGCUCCUCAGCAGUGCCUGCUAACAAAUCAGUCAAGUCCAUUGCAGUCAGAGUCCACAAUGCGAAGACACAGUUCUCCAGAUUGGCUGAGGUGCAGUCAACUCCUGAAGAUAUUGAAAUUGCUGGAGGUGUGAUGUAUGUUGGACAAGACCCUGCAGAAUGCCAGACCUCUGGCAUAUUUGGUGGUUCCAAUAUCAUAAAGUACAUCAAUGAGCAUGCCAUUGAUGUUCAGGGACUUAUGGACAAGCACACUGCAAUAUUUAAGGACAAGUGCUUCUGCCAGUUCAGCUGCAGCAUUGGAGUUGCAUUGUUGAAUGAAGGAGAUACCAAGAGAUCACAACUGCCAGGUAUUUGGAUCUAUGAUGAAGGAAAGAGCUGGCAGAGCAAUAAUAGUGAACAUGGCUUUUCUGAUGUUGAUGCAAUUGUUUGCAUUGAUGCUUGUUUUACUCAGAAGCACAGAAGUGGGCAUCCAGAUGAUCCAGUAAACCCUACAGCUACAGUCUUUCUUUCACAAGAAGAUAUUUGUGCUAUGGAGCAUGAGGUUAAUGAGUUGUCAAAGUCAAAGUCUUCAACCCAAAGGAGGAGUGGACAGGCUUUGAAAAAGAAUUAUCUUGGUGAUGGGGAGGAUGAGUUUGAAGAGGGAAUGAGGAUAACAAUGUCAGUGCUGAAGGGUUGUAAUGAGUCCUUUACUGCAGCUGAUGAGAGGCACCAGAAAGCAAGUACCCAGUUCUUUUCAGAUACUGGUGUCAUGGCCCUACUCUGUCAUCAUGAUCAUGUCAUUUACCUUGCAAAUAUGACUUCAGCUGGGGAGAGGCAACAUUAUGCACUUGCCCUCAUCAAAUCUUUUUUUGGCCAUCUCCCAGAUAAUUUUCAUAUUGGGCUGUUAUAUGACAUAUAUUUCAUGCCUUUGGUCAUCAAUGAGCAUGUCAGCUUAUCUAUCACCCCUGAAAAUGUGAAGGAUUUGGACUAUCUGAUGGAGAGGGAUUAUCAUCAAUGCCUCUUUGCUAUUGACUUCCAGAGUCUCACUGGUUUGGGCCAGUGGCUUUUGUGUCACUGGAAUAAUUGCCAAGAAAAGAAGGCUGCUGCAAACAGAGGCCUAGGGAGAUGUGGAGUUGAUAUCUCAACUCUUCAAGCUGAAUGGGUUGCUCAAGUCUCUGCACAGACAAAGCCAGCUCCUUGUCACAGCUCUAAAGCUGCUGAGAAUAUGAUAUUGCAAAUCAUGGCAACUCAGAAAUCAUUGGCAAAUUAUGAGGCCAAGCUAGAAGUGCUGGAGAAAGAUCUUCUCCAUGGGGUUGCUGACAUGACAAGCUUGAAUAUCCAAAUUGCAGAGUGUCAUCAAAAGGUUAAGUGUUUUAAAGAAGCUUUGCAGAACCAGAGGGCAACCCAAGGCAUAAAUGGGCAUUCAAAUCUUGCUAGUAUCCAAAAGAGUGCUUAUCUUCAACUUCACAUGCAUGCAUUAGCAAUCAAGAAACGCCUCAUACACAAGGGAAAAGCUCCUCAGGGGUCAAUAACCCCACUCCUGAUCCCAAGGGACUCUUUGUUCAAACUGGAUGUGGAUGAUGAUAUUUGGCAGGAUAUUGGCCUUGGGGAUGAUUCAGAUGAGUUACUACCCCCAUGGUUAGCUGAUGAAAAAGUGCACUCAGGGAUCAGAUCACUCCUUGAGCUGAGGUAUUGUGAAGAAGAGGAAAGGCACCUGUUGCAGGAAAGAAGAGCUUUGACAGAGUGGUUUUCUGAAGAGUGGGGUCAUGUGCAGAAAACCAGACAGAGUGCUGAUGUUGAUCUUGCAUAUGAACUUGACUGCAGAGCAUUGAGACUAGCAGGUCUGUGCAUCUUGUGGAAGAGGCAACUUAGAGGCUAUCCUGGAACACCUAAUGAGAACUGGGGUCCAAGUGAUGAAGAACUGCACAGCAUGGUGCAGGGUGGUCAUGUUAUAUAUAUUGAUAGUGAUAAUGAGGAGAGGUUUGAUGGAUUGGAGUCAGAGGGUGAAGAGGAUGAAGAUGAAGUGAUGGAUGAUAAGUUGCUAUGUGUUGCUGAAGAAUUUGCCCUAGCAGAUGAAUAUCACCAACAAAGUGAUAUGCCAUUGGAAGAAUUCUGUUUGGGAGAAGAAUGGGAGAAUGACCUACUGGAUAUGGAUCCACCAUCAUCUCCAAGUAAAAGAGUUCAAUACAGAUAA